ACUUUCUUUUUCUCUUUACUUCAACCGGAAUGGAAUGGCUCCCUUUUUUCCCCCAUUACCCCUCGCCCUCUUCUUCUAUUUCGACGAAUAAGGAAAAAAAGGUCCCCUCUCCCUGCGCUUCCAAAUAAAGAGGGCUCUUUUUGUGGGGUGAGAACAAUAAUACCCAGUCACUGUAUCUUCUCCUCUUUUUUCUCUCUCUCUCUUUUUUCCAUAUUUGAAAAGAAGAAGAAGAAGGAUGGUGAGGGGGAAGACGGAGAUGAAGAGAAUAGAGAACGCGACGAGCCGGCAGGUGACCUUCUCGAAGCGCCGCAACGGCCUGCUGAAGAAGGCGUUCGAGCUCUCCGUGCUCUGCGACGCCGAGGUCGCCGUCAUCGUCUUCUCCCCAAAAGGAAAGCUCUACGAAUUCGGCAGCGCCAGCAUGCAGAAAACGAUCGACCGCUAUAGAACAUACUCAAAAAACGAUUGUGAUAAGGGAGCAGUAGAGCAAAAUAUACAGCAAUUGAAGUUUCAAAUUACAAUCAUGUCGAAGAAGCUUGAAUCUCUUGAAGCCUCCAAAAAGAAGCUUCUAGGUGAAAAUUUAGAUUCGUGUUGUGUUGAAGAGCUGCAUGAAUUGGAAAGUACCAUCGAGAAGAGCCUGCAUAGAAUCAGAGGAAGAAAGAUAAAGUUCCUGGAAGAGCAGAUUGCACAGCUUAAAGAGAAGCAGGAGAAAAUGUUGCAAAAGAAGAAUGAAGCAUUACGCGAACAGUGCAUGUUUCAGAAUCAGGUACCGUUAGCUACACUCAGGGAUGUUGCCCCACACAGAGACGCCGCGAAUCACCCUAUGGACGUGGAGACCGAGCUGUGUAUAGGAUGGCCGAGAACGCGAGAGGAGCCAUGAAAGACUGCGAGACUAGGUCACAAAUACCACAUUCACCAAUGCUUCAAGAAAAAAAAAAAACAACAAAAUAUUGUUACAGACCGGUGCUGAAUAAUCAGCCAGGGUAAUUCGCUAAGUUAUGCUGUUGUGUAGCCUAAUUAAUUGUGGCAGAGGAAAUGAAUAACAAUAAUGUUGUAUAUGCUUACAUAUUCUUAGAAGAUGCAUGUCUUCGUUCCGCCGAAUCGAGCCUGUAGCAGUUUAAUUCUCAUCAAAGCACUUUAAUUCUAAUUUAUCUCUCUA